AUGGAUGAAUCUAUGAAGGUAAAUAAUUUGCGUACCUUACAUCAAAUCAUAGAGGACGUUCUUAGGGAAACUCCCGAUAAAGAUAAUAAGAGUGUACAGUGCUUCAUUUCACGAAUGCGAGAUAGACAUAUCCGUGAAGAGGCAGAUGCCAAACGGCUCAUAAAAAAGGGCUUAACACUCAAGCCUUAUCUUUAUCAAAUUCCAGAAUCAGGUAAGCGUUUUGAAUAUGUUGUGGUUGAGAAUAAUUUAUCGGAAAGAGUAGGGGACAAAAUUGAGUACCCAGAAGUAGCAAGAUGA